ACUCACAACCAUAGCAGUAAACGUUGAUCAUCAUUAUCAUCAGCCACGGACAACGUGACUAACCGUAUUGUCGUCGUUCGUGUAUUUCGCCUAAUCAUGACGAUUAAUGCACGCGUGAUCCUUCCUUUCAAUUACAUAUGUACGUUUAUUUAAUGAACCCACACGAAGUGACUUAAUUUAAUUAAAAGUGCAACACUGAGCUUGCUUCUUAAAGUGAUGCUUGCAAUUAGUGAUACAUUGGUAGUGUUUUAUUUGUCUUUUUAUACGGGCUAAUUUAAACGAUUGACAAUUUUCAUGUAUUUUAUAUAUAUAUAUAUAUAUAUAUAUAUAUAUAUUUGUGUAUAAAUGAAUAAGUGUUUCUAAUUGAAUAUAUGCGGAACAUCUUUAUCGGUACACCGUAGCAUGUCUUGACGAGAAGGAGAAGCUCUUCAACGGGGUUUUCGGCAGUCAAGGGUUCUCCAAAAUGGCGGGUGGUCAGCAGCUUCCCGAACAAUACACAGUACCACAAUUAGCAAGGGUCUUCCACAGUCUGCCACAUCUUAACGUCUCUCUUCAUUCGGUUAACAACACGUUCAAUCCACAUUCUGAGAUUUAUCUUGAGAGCCUGGGUAUCCUCGGGAGUAUUCCUGCAGCCUGGUUGAUCCUGACGUUACUGGUACUGUUGGUUUAUCUAGUAACGAGAUGCUGCGACCGGAAGCCGCGGCCCAGGAGGUCGAUAACCCUGCUGAAGUGUUCGCUGGCCAUCCUCGCGUUACUCUGCUGCGGAGCGGUCGCCGUUGGCCUUUACGGCAACGACGACGUUCACAAUGGUUUGGUACAAUUAGUCGCGGCAGCGAAGAACGUCGACGGGAUCCUCAUGGGCGUGAGAAACCAGACAGACACCAUAGAGGCGACGUUACAAGAGAAAGUACAGCGACAGUUGACCGCUUUGGGGGACGAAUUUGAUGCACCUGUUAGCAACAAAACAAUGUUGGGUCUACUAUUGGUAGCAUUGAAUAGUAUGAAACAAAACACGAGCAUUGCCGUCAACCGAAGCUUCGAAAUACGAAAGCCAUUAAGCGGGAUCAGUCUUGCAGGAGCCAUUAGCAUGGGAGAAAAAAUCGAGCAACUGAGGUGGCCCAUUACUAUGGCGGUACUGAGUGCACUUCUUGUUCUUUGCGUUGUACUAGUAGUCGGAGUUGCUAGACACUCGAGAUGCGUUCUAAUUACAUUUUCUGUAUUUGGGCUAUUCGCGGUAAUAGUUUCUUGGUUGAUGGCCUCCCUUUACUUGGCAACGUCGGUUGCCCUCGGUGAUCUCUGUGUGUCACCGGAUGGUUAUUUAACUAGAUCGGUACCCUCCACUUUGGCCUCCGAGGUGCUCUCGUAUUACACGCAUUGCGAGAACACUCGCACGAAUCCUUUUACACAGAGACUAAGAGACGGACAACGAGCUGUAGAAAAUAUGAGGCUAAACUUGAAUACUGUUACACGCUUAGCGAUAGAUCUCUUCAAGGAACAGCACGAUCAACUAAAGCCCAAGUUGAGUAGCCUCUCAACCGACGUUAACGCGGUCAAUAGACUCGUAUCUGGUCUAGCAACGUUACUAGACUGUAAGCCACUUCACAAGCAAUACGUUCAUGCUGCUAAAAGUUUAUGUCACCUGGGAUUAUACGGCCUUACCUUCAUGCUUCUUGCGAGUCUAGCCGCUGGACUAUUUUUCACUGUUUUGGUAUGGGUUGAUUCUCACACGUGGAUAUAUAUCCGCAAACGAAGAGAUUACCAUCAAGUGGAUGAACAAGAUCCAUAUUUGCCACCAUCGGCAGCAUCUCAAGCGAUAGCAGCUAGGACCCUUCGUGGCCAAGGGUCGUACCCGCCUACAGCCCCCUCUCUUAAUCCGAAUGCUCAUGGCACCCAUAAUACCAUUAAGCAGCCUCUAUUGCUAACGCCGCCCCCGCCGUCCUACGCUACUGCGACUGCUCGAGCACGUCAGCUGCACGAGAGCAUGUUAAAAGGUGGGGGUGUUAACGGGAGCGGAGGAGGCGGGGAUCACAAAUCGUCUCAGCAUAAUCAGCAGUCGACAGGUGGACGAACUGAGCACCGUUCUGGACUCGGAGAUCAACCUGGCCAGUACGCGACUUUGAGCAAGCAAUGCAAAACUUUAGAAUCUAGUGAUUUCUACUGAGGGCACGCCCCCGCAGGGUCUGGUAGAGAACCACCUUGGACACCAAGCGUGGCAUCCUUUACCGGUACUCUGUCUCACAAUUCACACGGACCUGCACAUUUGGCGACUUUUCAAGAUUCGAGAAAAACUCAAACGUUGGAUCCGAAAAAUUUAGCCAAUUUAAA